GAGUAGUAAUCAUCUAUGCAAUUUUGUAAUUUCAAACCAAAAAUUUCAUUCUGAAAUUAUUACACUUGAUAAGGAUUCCAGAACAAAGACCUACGCCUAGAUCUGUACCGUUGAGAAUUAAAAAAUCGGUAAAGAAGUAAGGACCAGUAACACUUGUGUUUUGCCACUUUUUCUGAUAACUCUAUUGUGUGUUGACACUUUAGAAUAUAACUGAGAAAAUCAUGGACCAAGAAGACGCUUGCACAGUAGAAAAACAGAUUGCUUGUAUUGAAAAUGUUAAGAAUAUACCAGCCGAAGCCGAAGCAUCCCCUCCUAUAUCACCACAAAAAUCUGAAGAACCAGUACAGAUCUCGGAGGUUGGUCAUGACGAUUUUGACAAAGAUGGAAUUGGAUUUGAGGCUUUGAAAGCAAAGACAACCAUAUCUUCUCUUCCAUCAGCACAUAAAUCUAAAGAACCAGUUGAGGUUUUAAAGGUUUGCCAUGAGCAAACUGGUAAAAAUGAAGUUGGUUUUGAGAUUAACACAACUGAAAGCAAAACACCCCUUCCUACAUCAUCACAAAAACCUGAAGAACCAGUUGAGAACUUAGAAGUGCGUCAUGAACAAACGCGUAGAGAUGGAGUUGGUUUUGAAAUUAUUAUCGCUGAAGCCACAGCGGUUCCUUAUGCGCCAAAACGUUUGAUGCAAUCUGGUAAGCAACUUUCUGCGAAUGAAAUUAAGCAGAAAAUGUCUAUUGCUGAGGGUAGGCGUCGUUGUCUUAUGGAUGUUAUACGCGAGAAGGCACAGAAGUCAAAUAAACAAGUUGAGUUAGUUGUCCAACGUAAGGAUGAAAAAAAUUUGAAUUUUCUGAAUCGCUUACAACAUAAGUCAACCAUGCGUGCGCAGGAAUGUGCUGAUAGACGCAGUUAUUACUUACGCAAUAAUUUGGGAAAACUUCGUAGUGAUGCCCCAAUAGAGCAGCAGACCAUGAAAAUGCAAUUGAAGGAGGACGUGAUGCAGACCUACAAAAAAGAGCAAAAGUGUGAUAAGAAGAAUAAUUCUAAGACUGAACACGGUGUAUCAGUAUCUGAUCACAAACGUGAAGUAAUAAAUGCGAAUGAUUCAUGUGCCCUUCCAGGUCCCAACGAAAAGUCAUCAUGUUCUGAGGACCCAUCCGAUAAUGUCGAGAAAAAAUCUUGCGAUGGCGAAACCGAAGAGACAGAAACUUCUACGGAACGCUUGGUGGGUGAUAUGAAAGGUGAUAAAGGACGUUCCGUUUAUUAAUGUCUGAAAUUAGCUAGAGAUAUACCUGGAACUAUUAUCUUUAUAUUUUCUAUUAGGAGUUUCUCAUUUUGUUUUUAUUUAGGUAUAAAUGAACAAUUUUUAUUUAAUAUUUGUAAAAGUACUUUGCCUGUGAAUUGUCGAACAAAAAUUUAAAAAAUGUGUUUGA